GAGACACAGAGAGGAGCAGCGGAGGAGGGAGGGAGAGAAAAAAUUUUUGAGAGAGAUCAAAAGUGAAAACCGGGUCGGGUCCUUCCGGGUCAGACCCAGUGUGUCAGCAUUAAUGGAGGAGGCCGUGCACAGACGAUCCGGAGCGUAGAUCCCAUCUCGCCAACGCUUAUCAGCCCUUCGAUUGCAUCUCUCUAGGCCUUAGUCCACAGUUCGAUCCAGGAGCCAACGAAGCCUCCAGCGCCCCUCAGAUGCUGCUUUCUCAGAUUUGAGUUUGUAUAAUAGCCUCAGCACACUCGAAUGGAGCUGGCAACAGAUUUUUGAAGUUUAUUUUCGCAUUUGACCAACAGAAUGGGUUACAAUUUGAAGUGAUUUGACUUCGAAUUUCUGAAGAGUAGUGUUUUUUUUGGGAGGCGUCUGAAGCCUGAACUGGUUAAGCAAUUGGAAGUGUUCUAGAUUCAUUAGAGUAUCUGAAGUUGACUAUAAUAGUAGAGGGUUUAAAGUGAAAAAAAAAAAACCCUAAUUUUUUUCUGAUUCUUUCUAGUUUUUGACACCCUAGAAUUUGCUUGAAGUUCUUGAUUUUCUGUUUCGUUGCUUGAAUUUAAGCAGAAAUGGAAAAUUUUCUGUAGCUUAGAAACAGAAAUAGAAAGGGGAAAAACAAAAUAAAACAGAAUCCAUGGAAGAUUUUUCCAAAUAUGCCCACAGUCCAGCUCAUUUGGCAGUUGCUCGGCGUGACCAUGCUGCCCUCAAGCGGAUCAUCUCAGCUCUUCCUCGGCUUGCUAAGGCUGGUGAGGUAAUUACCGAAGAUGAUUCUGUUGCUGCUGAGCUCCAAGCUGAUGAGGUAUCGGCAAUCAUCGAUCGACGUGAUGUUCCAGGUCGUGAGACCCCCCUACACCUUGCAGUUAGAUUGAGGGAUCCAGUUUCAGCAGAGCUUUUAAUGGCAGCUGGUGCUGAUUGGAGUCUACAAAAUGAGAAUGGAUGGAGUGCUCUUCAAGAAGCGGUUUGUACAAGAGAGGAGUCUAUUGCUAUGAUCAUUGCCCGUCAUUAUCAGCCCCUUGCUUGGGCCAAAUGGUGUCGACGGCUUCCACGCAUUGUUGCCUCAGCAGCUCGGAUUCGUGAUUUUUACAUGGAGAUAACCUUCCACUUUGAGAGCUCUGUCAUUCCAUUUAUUGGUCGAAUUGCCCCAUCAGAUACAUACCGCAUUUGGAAACGUGGGUCCAAUCUUCGUGCUGAUAUGACCCUUGCUGGCUUUGAUGGCUUCCGCAUUCAACGGUCAGACCAAACAUUUCUCUUUCUUGGGGAGGGCUACUCUUCAGAAGAUGGUAAUGUAUCUCUGGCUCCUGGUUCCUUGAUUGUCCUUGCUCAUAAGGAGAAAGAAAUCACAAAUGCUUUAGAGGGGGCUGGAGCUCAACCAACUGAAGCUGAAGUUGCCCAUGAAGUGACCUUGAUGUCUCAAACUAAUAUGUAUAGGCCAGGAAUUGAUGUUACUCAGGCAGAACUUGUUCCUCACCUAAAUUGGAGGCGGCAAGAGAGGACUGAGGUGGUUGGGAAUUGGAAGGCUAAGGUUUAUGACAUGCUUCAUGUAAUGGUCAGUGUGAAAUCGAGGAGGGUCCCAGGUGCUAUGACUGAUGAGGAGCUUUUUGCAGUGGAGGAUGAUGAAAGGAUAGCAAAUGGUGGUGACAAUGAUGACUAUGAUGAUGUAUUGACAGCUGAAGAAAGGAUGCAAUUGGAUUCUGCUCUCCGUAUGGGCAAUUCAGAUGGUGUCUGUGAAGAUGAGGACCAUGGAGUCCAUGACUCCCAAGAACAUGGUUCAGGUGGUUCUUUUGAAAAUUGUGAAUCCAAUGGCACUGUUAAGGAGAAGAAAAGUUGGUUUGGAUGGAACAAGAAAGGGUCAAAAAAUGGAAGUGAUGAUCCUGAGGAUUCAAAGAUUCUGAAGAAGUUCUCAAAGUUAGCCCCAGAAAGUAGCAACCAGAGAACAGUUGAUAAUCAAAAAUCAUCUUUUGAAUUAUCUAGGGAGGAUAUGGGGGAUGUUAAGAAGGGAAAAGAUAAAAGCAGUAAGAAGAAAAAGAAGAAGGGUGCCAGUGGUGACACUAAACAUGAAAGUGAGUAUAAGAAGGGUCUGAGACCUGUCUUGUGGUUGACACCAGAUUUUCCUUUGCAAACUGAUGAGCUGUUGCCUUUACUCGACAUCUUAGCAAACAAAGUCAAGGCUGUUAGGAGACUCAGGGAACUUCUAACCACUAAACUACCUCAUGGCACAUUUCCUGUCAAGGUUGCCAUCCCAAUUGUCCCAACCAUACGAGUCCUAGUUACAUUUACAAAAUUUGAGGAGCUUCAGCCGGUGGAAGAAUUUUCAACCCCUCUCUCCAGCCCAGCACAUUUCCAAGACGCCAAGUCGAAGGAAUCAGAGGGAUCCACAUCAUGGAUUUCAUGGAUGAGGGGGAGCCGUGGGGGUCAAUCAAGUGAUGGGGAAAGUCACCGUUAUAAAGAUGACAUUGACCCUUUCCAUAUACCAUCAGACUAUACAUGGGUUGAUGCCAACGAGAAAAAACGGCGCUUGAAAGCCAAGAAAGCUAAGAGCAAGAAACAUAGGAAACAUGUGGGUGCUAAAGGUGGUGGGGACGGAGGACAUCAGAUGAGCGAAGAAUUGGAAGACUAACAACACACUUAAAAGAUGGGUAAAAUGAUGUUUUAUCCCUUAAAAGUCCAUUGCAAGUGAGAAGGUAAGGCUCAUUCCUGUGCAGAUCUAACCUUUUACUCAUCCCUUUGGAUGUGGUGGAAGGUUUGAGAGGAUAAAUAGUUGAGGGAUAACCUUUGCUGAUGAAGAGCUUUGUCUUCUACUCAUGUUGUAUUGUUAUGUGAUUGCAGUAGGAGAGGAACAGGAUCUCCUCAUUUCUUUAAUUGCUUGCUUUCAUUCUAAUUUUGUCUUUUUCCGUUAAACCCAUCUGUGUAUGUAGGUUGAUUAAACUUUCAUUUUUGUGAUUGGCAUUCUUUUCCCGUUUUCUUCA